AUGCCGAAAGACUCCUCCAAGUCGUCGCUGGACGCACUGCUCCCGGGCUACAACACCAAGCAGCAUUCGACUCCCAGCUCGCAGCUCUCCAAGUCCGAGUCGACCACACCAAACAGCAGCGAGCCUUCAGCUCCCCCCGAUGGCUCCAUGUCCCCCGAUGAAGAAGUGCAAUAUCUCACGAGACAGGUGUUCCAGAUCGCAUUGAAUAAGCCGCUGGAACCGUGGGUGCUAGAUCACGUCUCAUCUGCUUUUCAUGCCGACUUUGAUAACUUUCCGGCUUCACAGACAUGGGACGAACAUGUCGAGACCUUCCGUAACAUCUAUAGAACCAAUCCUGGCUACAUACCGGACAUCAUGAACGUGGUUGUGGAUGUCUCCGAGCACAACACGCAUGCCGAUGCCUUCAUGGUGAUUGAGACCAUCGGACGCCCAGGGAACGUGCGCAGACAUAGUACCGCCCGGCUGAAGUGGCGGCGGCGAGAUGGGCGAUGGGAAGUCUAUCACAUUCUAGGUGUGAGGACGCCGUUAGCCACGUUCGACAACAUCUGA